GAGGCAGACCUGAGCCGGGGCGGGGGACAGCCGGGCGGAAGUGUCUCGCCUCAGGCCGCCUUGGUUACCGCGUUCUCCGCCCCUCGCUACGUCAUCGCUCUGAGCCCGCUCUCCGCUCCCCGCGCGGGCGCCGCCCGAGACCGUGGGACCCCCCGGUUACCGCCCCCUCAGGAGCCACCAUGUUGGUGAUACCCCCCGGACUGAGCGAGGAGGAGGAGGCUCUGCAGAAGAAAUUCAACAAACUCAAGAAAAAGAAAAAGGCAUUGCUGGCUCUGAAGAAGCAAAGUAGUAGCAGCACAGCCAGCCAAGGCGGUGUGAAACGCUCACUGUCAGAGCAGCCUGUGGUGGACACAGCCACAGCAACAGAGCAGGCAAAGCAGCUGGUGAAGUCAGGAGCCAUCAGUGCCAUCAAAGCCGAGACCAAGAACUCGGGCUUCAAACGUUCUCGAACCCUAGAGGGGAAGUUAAAGGACCCUGAGAAGGGGCCGGUUCCCACUUUCCAGCCGUUCCAAAGGAGCAUAUCUGCUGAUGACGAUCUGCAGGAGUCGUCCAGACGUCCCCAGAGGAAAUCUCUGUAUGAGAGUUUUGUGUCUUCCAGUGAUCGGCUUCGGGAACUGGGGCCAGAUGGGGAAGAGGCAGAGGGCCCAGGAGCUGGUGAUGGUCCCCCUCGAAGCUUUGACUGGGGCUAUGAAGAACGUGGUGGUGCCCGCUCCUCAACGUCCCCUCCCCGAAGCCGCAGCCGGGAUCACAGUCGUGAGCGGAACCGGGAAAGAGACAGAGAUCGGGAACGGGAUCGAGACCGAGAUCGGGAACGGGAUCGAGACCGUGAUCGGGACAGGGACCGCGAUCGGGACAGGGACCGUGAUCGGGAAAGGGACCGCGAUCGGGACAGAGACCGCGAUCGAGAACGAGAGGGCCCUUUCCGCAGGUCGGAUUCGUUCCCUGAACGCAGGGCCCCUCGGAAGGGGAAUACUCUCUAUGUGUAUGGAGAGGACAUGACGCCCACCCUCCUCCGUGGGGCCUUCUCUCCCUUCGGAAACAUCAUUGACCUCUCCAUGGACCCACCCAGAAACUGUGCCUUCGUCACCUAUGAAAAGAUGGAGUCAGCAGAUCAGGCCGUCGCUGAGCUCAAUGGGACCCAGGUGGAGUCCGUACAGCUCAAAGUCAGCAUUGCCCGCAAACAGCCCAUGCUGGAUGCUGCCACUGGCAAGUCUGUCUGGGGCUCCCUCGCUGUCCAGAACAGCCCAAAGGGUUGCCACCGGGACAAGAGGACCCAGAUUGUCUACAGCGAUGAUGUCUACAAGGAAAACCUUGUGGACGGCUUCUAGGGAGUGGAGCUGGGUUCCGUGUGCCUCAUCUGCGCCAGCACUGGUCUCAGUAAAACGCUGAGGUGGAAGCUCACACAUCUUCCUCAGCCUCUGGUUUUUCAGCACUUGGGAUUGGGGUUGAGCCUUUAAAAACGGCUGUUAGAUUUUAACUCAGUUGUAACACAUGGCCAGUGCACGUUCCCCUCUCCCUUCCCCCAAAAGGAUCUUGAACAC